AUGUUAAAAAUAAGAGGAGUGUACUUAUACUGUCUAUGUUUAAAGACGAAAAAUAACGGGUUAGUUUUCCCUCAUUUUCUUUUUCAUCCUAGGUUAGUCCUUCCAAUCAAUGUCUAUGUGAUAUUAAGAGGAGGUUCGAAGUGGAAGAAGGAAAUGGGAACUGAAACUCGUCGAUACUCGCUUCGCGAUGGUCUGCAUGUUUCAGAUGAAAUAGAAGACCCUUUUUUUUUCUACGAGGUAGACGGGGAAGAUGAACAGAGAGGGGGAGAACUGAUCGUGAGGAUCACUCACAUACGAGAUUCGGUUUCUCAUCUGUGUAUCUGAAGGUUGACCAAGGGAGGAUCCCGAAAAGAAGAAAGAAAAAUCAGUACCAUUCGGUCUACUCUCUGAGUAGAUGAGCUCGAUGCGUCACUUUGACGAAUCAAUACAGUCUAAGUAAUGACAAGUGCUGCUGUGGCAUCGCUCUACCACGCGCUCAUGAAAAUUGACGACAGAGUUGUAGAUAUUUUUGCGAUCAUUUGUUCUCAUGGUAACUGUAAUUCGCGAGCUGGUAUAUAGCCAUCUUUGCUUGUCGAUAUGUUACUGGACGGCGAGAAGUAUUCAGAGAUGUUUUUUAUACAUGAAGUUUCAGUCCAAGUAGAAAUUAACUGGACAUCGACCGCCGAGGAAAGCAACUUUGUUUAUGAGCGCGCACAUGGAUUAUUUUUAUUAUAUAUAGAUUUAGAUAUAUAGGGACUCGUAGAAAUUUUAUGACCUAACCAAUCACUAAGUCGGAAUAUCGUAUAGUACGCAUCUGAAAAAACGCAAAAUUUAGAUUUACGUUUUUCGCAGAUAACAUCACAGGUAGAAAGCCUACCGGCUGCGCGGGUCGCACACGGCCCAGCGGUUCGCAUAGGAGCAAAUAAGUACAAAAGUGGCAAAAUUGAACCCGUAGUAGAAUGGUCACACCACCUAUAUAGAAAUCAGUCUAGAGGAGCAUGAAAAGCUAUGUAUUAAGUAGGUCUUGCCUCCAUGCAAGAAAUGUAAGUAGUUCUUGCAUCCACGCUUUGCCCAACCCCUGGGCUGCUGCUUUGUCUAACAAAGUCAAUGUACAAAAUAGAGAAGGUAAAGACAACGGAUCUGCAUUGUUCGGUGCCUCUCUGAACGCAGCUACUUGAGCCAUUUAGCAAUUUGUACUUAUUUGUGAAAAUCCCGUCGAUUGAGAAUUAUCAAGAAGUAGAGGCUGCUGUGUAGGUCUUUCGGAGCUGCUCCUGUCUUAAUUCAGAUGUUCCUCGGGUUGCAAAGGCGCGUCAGCACAUAGCUGCGCCGCGGAAAAAAAUAUGAGCGAUCUUUCUUAAACAGGAAAACAAGAUGAAGCUCCAGUGUCACUUUUUCACACAGAGAAAUCGUUGCGAAAAGAUUGAGAACGAAUAUAUGAGUCGGUUACCACCUUAGAAAAGCAACGACAUAGUAGCCGGAUUGGAGUACAACUACUGCUACAUGAUAAUUAUUUUUACUUAAGAGACAUCAGUCCUCAAUGCCUUUUUAGUAUCCAAAAAAUGACAUUGUUUGCAAUCACAUCAUAUUUUUUGCGAAGGUGCUCCCGUGUGAAGUAUUUCAAGCACGACUUCGCUCGAUUUUCAUGUCAUACUACCAAGCUCAAGUCCUCAUUUUGUCAAAAUGUGGGCGUCAUUAAGCAAGCGGAAACAGGUGCAUCUUCAUUAUAUAUAAAGAGCCUAUUAUGUCGAUGGUACAGGGUAGCUGGACGAGCUCUCAACCAUCAAAAAUUGAAUGCUUCGGGCGUGUAGAUAUUAGGACAAAAAAAAGGAUGGACGCAGAGGUAGCAUGACAUGACAUCCAUCAUUUAGUCAGCUGUUGGGCGAUCAAAUUGCUGGCGUAAAGGAUAAGGUAAGAGUAGUAUAUUUUCAACGCAGUCGACGACGACCACGCUCCUGUCUAUGGAUGAGCUUUACUAAUUAAAUCCGCGUUGUACAGCUCUGUCAACUUGAGCAUCGCACACAUGGGGCGGAGGGCAUUCCCAUACUGCUGCCGUUCCAAAUCAAAAACAGGAAAGACGUUAUAAUAGGUUAGUUGCACCAUAGAAAUGAUCUUCACAUCAGUAAUUCAUCGUACAUAUAGUGUGGUGGAUAAUAGUAGCUUACAGUUCGGGGAAGAGGCGACAGGACAGGUCUUGUGCAUACCAUGAAUUGAUUUAGUACAGAGAAACUAUGACUAACUACAAUGAGGCGCUGGCUAGCUUUGACCGACCUGAAGAUCGUCUUGCAUCAAUUCAACAUGUAAAGUUGUGUGUUUUAAAACAUCUUCCGGAUUCUUGCCCUUGCCUUCUUUCUGAAAAACUCUUUCACCGCGUUUGGUGCAUCCUUCGCCGAGAAGUUAUGUAGGUACUUGUCUUUCUUAUCGCCAGUAGGACCAAGAACAAACAACAGGGAAAAACCGUCCAGAGCAGGAAGUUGAACAAGUCAGUUGGAAGUUGGGCCUAGGUAGUGGGGAAUGAAUAUUAGGGUCGUCUCGGCGACUCGUGCAUCCAAG